AUGGUGCAGGGUCCAUCAUUCGAGGCAAUAUCAACGCUUGGUAUGUGCCUCUUCCCCAACAUCCCGGCUGGGGCUGGGACGAGAGCAGGCCGCACGGCACACAGCCGACGAUAACAUCCGUGGAGAUGGUUUUCGUUGCCGGUACAAACAUCGAAAUCGCCAUGAGCACAUGCUAACAGCUCCACGCAGGCGACGUCCAGGUCUCCACGGAACAGAAGGUGGAAGUCGCCAAGCGCCUCAAGAACAUCAUCGUCGGCCAGGACCAACGCAAAGAAUUAGCCGUCAAGCAUGGCAUCGUCCAGCCCCUGGCAGAUAUCCUUUCCGCUGCCACCAAAGCCACCGGGAAGCGCAAAGUCGAGACCAACGGUGUUCCCCUGAACCAGUCACAGGAAUGGACUCCGGAUGACGACCUGAGGCUACAAGCGACACUCAUCAUUGGCAGCCUAGCGGCAGGAGGACAGGCUUUCUUGCGCCCACUAUGCGCAGCUGAUAUCCCAAAGCUCUUGGUCGAUACCCUCCUGACUGAUGCAGCACCAAGGAUCGUAAACGCCAUCCUCCAAGCACUGAAGGCACUGGCCACGUUUUGGUCGACGGCCGAAGAUGUCGACAUUGAAUACGAUCUUUGGUCCGCCCUGUUCAAUGUUCAGAGCCUCGCCACCUUUCAACGCAUCUUAGAGCAGCCGGCUUCGAAUAGCAACUCCAAACAGCAGCUGCGUCUGGUUGCCGACAUAUUCUCUGUCUUGCCCGAAGGCACGUACGAAACCAAGAAACUCAUCACCGGAUGUGGCCUAUUGGACACUUUGGCUGCGCUCCUGGUCGCGCACGCUGUCGCCAACAGAAUAGUCUGGUACACUGGCGAGCAGACAUCUCCACCAGCUCCUCCGCCAGAUGCGGCUCUGCCCAGCAUUCUUGCCGCGAUUUCCACCGUUAUCAGGGGCUCUAACUAUCGUGCACACCGUUUCAUCUUGGCUCCACAGGUCCGCGAUCUCUUCACUCGUUCCGGGUCUGAGGCGAAUGAUCACCGCGCCUUGUUUGGAGCUCGUAGCGGCUUUGCCAAUCCCCAUGAGAGCCUCCUUCCGCCACUUCACAUACCAACUUACAGAACAGUCUCGCAUAAUCCCGUGUCGAAUCAUUUCCCAGCUCUGAGGACCUUGCAAAGCAGAACCAACGGAACUACUUCUUCAGAUGUAUCACAGCCUAUUGGAGACAUUGACCACUCGAAUGCCGUUGUCGGAUGGCUCCUGGUCCUCGUUCGGCACAUGUCAGGGCUUAACCGUCUCAUUGGCUUGCGCCUUCUAGCACUCGUGGCCAAUGCCAUUGAAGCUGAUCCGGUUACUACUAUCUACAAAUCGGACUUCUACCAGAAAACUCGAGAACGUCAGAAGCAACUGUCCAUGCUCGCCGUCCCUCUUGCCGUCUCGCUCGUAAAGCAAGCCCACGAGGACAAGUCGGAGGGCGUUGAUGAGCAACAGGGCGGACGUGGUAUUCGGGAACAAGCGUGUGACGUUCUUGCGCUGCUAGUCGGCGGCAGCAAGGAACUCCAAAUUGCCGCUGUAGAAGCUGGGGCAGUGAAGCAUGUGUGCCCCAUACUGAAGAAGAGCUUCGACAACGUGUCGCUUUCUAAACCAAUGUGGUCUGCGAAAUCGAACAAUGUCACAGACACCGCAAAUACUCCGAACACGUGCCGAAUGGGCACCAGUACCUUUCCGCGGGAGAUCGCACAUGCAAUGCGAUGUCGUCAAGGCGCUCUGAGGGCACUGGAGGCCCUGGCAGCCCGAGAAGACGUGCAUCGCAAGGCGAUCAUCGAGCAUGGCGUGGUCAGCUGUAUCAUUGGCUCCAUGAAGCCGUUCCCUGCAAAUGCAGUUGCAGAUGCUGCCAGCAACCGAGCGAUACUAAGUCCAAAGGACGGAAAUACGACUUCGGUCAUUCUUGCAGCAUGUUGCGCGGCAAAGUCGAUGUCCAGAAGCGUCAGUAUUUUGCGCACCAGCCUUAUUGAUGGUGGUAUCGCAAAGCCGCUGAUACAUCUACUCCAUCAUGCAUCCUUGCAAAUUCAGACCGCUGCCACAGACGUCUGCUGUAACUUAUUACCCGAAUUCAGCCCCAUGAGGGAGGACCUGUUGGAGCACAAUGUGAUAAAAACGUUGGUGGGGCAUGCACGAAGCAGUUCGCCUGCGCUUAGACUCUCCAGCCUCUGGGCGCUGAAGCACCUGGUGUACGGCUGUCCAAAAGAAAUCAAGCUCAACACAUUGGAAGAGCUUGGUACAGGCUGGCUUGUGGAUACGAUUCAUGGCGAGCACCGCGAAGGUGGCCAAGCUGUCUCUGGGGGAGUCAGUGUUGGUUUGAGUACACCAAAUGCAGCUGGCGAGCAAGUCGAUUUGCUCAACCCGUCCUCUAUGGACGUCGAUGAGCCCGUUGGCGAAGAGACGAUGGACGAAGAUGACGAUGAUGGAGAAGUCCUCUACGACGAGGCUUCCAGCACACACUACCAAGCUUCGCAGCUGCGCUCGACGCUCAAUCCUCCCGCGCCGAUGUUCAACAGCAGACGAUACUUGUCCUCGAUUCGCGAAAUGGAACACGACGACGACUAUGCCUCAAGACGAGACGAGGCCGCUAUUCAAACACAGGCUCUCGACUUUCUCCGGAAUCUCAUUAAUGGUGAUGACUGCGGCGCCCUCUCAGACCAUCUCAUGAAUCAAAUCGGCAGUGCGAAAGUCUACGAACUCCUCACCGCCAAGCUCUCCCCGCUACCACGAUCUCUUGCUGGUGGCAAACCAGUCUACCACCCCACCGAGCUUGUUCUUAGUACGAUCCACGUCAUUAUUCAUCUCGCCAACGCUUCUCUCAAACACCGUCAGAUGCUCAUUGCGCAGAAGCCACUAUUGCAGGCCAUGCUGCCACACUUCAAUCACACCGACCAUCGCGUCCGGGUGAUGAGUGUCUGGGCUGUUAACAGUCUUACAUGGAUCGAGGAGAAUGACGAUCGCCGGGAUGCGAGACAACGUGCGAGUGAGCUCAGGGCGUUGGGGAUCGAGCAGGCGGUCAAGGCACUUCAAGGGGAUCCAAAUCUUGACGUGAGAGAGCGAGUCAAGACGGCUAUUCGGCAGUUCGACACACUCUAG